AUGCAACUAGCAAUCCUUUUGUGGGUGGUACAACACCUUUUGGCUCACAACCAGGUGGCCCUGUAUUUGGGGGAACUUCAACAGGAGUUUUCAGGGGUGGUUUUCUUCAAGCUCCUUCGAUCUUCUCUGCUGGAGCUGCCUUUGGCUAAUAAUGCAAAUAACAAUCCUUUUGUGGGUGGUACAACACCUUUUGGCUCACAACCAGGUGGCCCUGUAUAUGGGGGAACUUCAACAGGAGUUUUCAGGGGUGCUUCUUCUCAAACUCCUUCGCUCAUGUCUUCCGGAGCUCCCUUUGGUGAUUCUUCAUCAUCAGCUUUUGUUGGUAAGACAACUUCUAUCAUUUUUGUUCCCUUUUUAGCAUUCGGCCAGGCUAAUAAUGCAACUAACAAUCCUUUUGUGGGUGGUACAACACCUUUUGGCUCACCAACAGGUGGCUCUGUAUAUGGGGGAACUUCAACAGGAGUUUCUGGGGGUGGUUCUUCUCAAACUCCUUCACUCAUGUCUUCCGGAGCUCCCUUUGGUGAUUCUUCAUCAUCAGCUUUUGUGGCUCUGUAUAUGGGGGAACUUCAACAGGAGUUUCCAGGGGUGGUUUUCCUCAAACUCAUUCACUCAUGUCUUCCGGAGCUCCCUUUGGCUAAUAAUGGAAAUAACAAUCCUUUUGUGGGUGGUACAACACCUUUUGGCUCACCAACAGGUGGUUCUGUAUAUGGGGGAACUUCAACAGGAGUUUUCAGGGGUGCUUUUCCUCAAACUCCUUCGCUCAUGCAGGCUAAUAAUGCAACUAACAAUCCUUUUGUGGGUGGUACAUCAACUUUUGGCUCACCAACAGGUGGCUCUGUAUAUGGGGGAACUUCAACAGGAGUUUUCAGGGGUGCUUUUCCUCAAACUCCUUCGCUCAUGUCUUCCAGAGCUGCCUUUGGUAAUACUUCAAUACCAGUUCUUGUUGAUUUUCGCUCACAACCAGGUGGCCCUGUAUUUGGGGGAACUUCAACAGGAGUUUUCAGGGGUGGUUUUCUUCAAUCUCCUUCGAUCUUCUCUGCUGGAGCUGCCUUUGGUAAUUCUUCAUCACCAGCUUUUGGUGGCUUUGGUUGGAGCACCCCCACCUAUGGAACUACAAGCACACCGGCAUGCGUUACUGACAGUGCCCCAUCAUUUGGAGCUACAGGCACCCCUGCCUAUGGUUCAACCAUGAAUGCUGCAUUUGGAACUAGAGGAAUUGCAUUUGGUGGAAUGCGAGCUCCCGUCUUUUGGUCUGGAGGUGCAUUUGGGUCUUCCAGUAAUCCAGCUUUUGGGCCAUCAGCGACUGCAUUUAGGAGCAAUCAGUAUGGAUCAGAAUCUCAUGGAGCUCAUAUCGGGCCUCAGGUAGCUACACCGACAUUUGGCAAUGCCGAGUUUGGAGAGUCCUCUUUUGGACGUCAGCAUAGGGGAAGUCGUGUAGCUCCCUUCACUCCGACGACUGAAGCAGAGACUGGAGUGAUACCGCUUGCCAAGCUCCAGUCAAUUUGCGGUAUGACUGUGCCUGUCUACAAAUAUAAAAGCCACGAGGAACUUAGAUGGGAGGACUACCAGUGGGGGGACAAAGGUGGACCAAAUCACGCUGGUCAGUCUGGUGUUAGUGUUGGCCCCGAUGGUGUUCCCAAAGAUGGCCCUUUGGAGGAGCAAACCGACUUUGUCAAGGCCAGCCAGAAACUUAAGGGAGUUCAUGAUGAUUCCUCUCUUCAGAAUGAUGAGGAAUACGUUAUUAUUAAUGGAGCUGGUGAGUCUGCAAUUGGGUAUGAUUGUGGUGCUGGCAUCGAGACACUUAUGCCGAAGCUCUGUCAGCCCGACUACUACACAGAACCGCACGUCAAAGAAUUAGCAGCCAAGGAAAGAGCUGAACCAGGAUUUUGCUGUCGAGUCAACGAUUUUGUCGUUGGACGACUUGGUUAUGGUCACAUUAAAUUUGUAGGGGAGACCGAUGUAAGAAGGCUUGAUCUUGAGUCCCUCAUUCGCUUCAACAAUCGGGAAGUGAUUGUGUACAUAGAUGAGGGCAAGAAACCGCCUAUAGGGCAAGGGCUCAAUAAGCCAGCUGAGGUGACUCUUCUUAACAUUAAGUGCAUUGAUAAGAAGACAGGAAAGCAGUACAUCGAGGGGCCGAAAGUUGAGAAGUACAAGGAGAUGCUCAAGAAGGCGGCUGAGGAACAAGGCGCGGAGUUUGUGUCCUAUGACCCCAUCAAAGGACAGUGGAAGUUCAAGGUUGGCCAUUUCAGUUCAUAUGAUCGGACGGGCGAACAAGACUAGGAUUCUUUUGAUGCCGUUAUUUGUUCACUGAAGGAGGCAGAUACAUGUAGUGGUCCAGAAGGAAAACCUAGUGAUUUCACUUGCUGGGUUCUUGUCUUUUGUAGUUAUGUGCAUAGAGCUGAAAGAAGAUAGGUCUCAUAUGAACUCCUAGGCAUCUCGUUUUAAUUUCUUUUCCCAGUUAGCUUUGUAGCUUCAAGAUACAUGUCGCCAUGUGCAGUAAUAGAUUGAAGGAAUGAGACUGUCUGCGAGUUUUUGGUA